CAGCUGAAGUGGCAGCCUUGUUAUUGAUUGUGUUAUCUACUCUCAGCCUUGGGGCCAUUGUGGUUGCUUUGGUGUCAGAUGUACUUUUGAUAUUGAGUCUUUUAAUAAGACUAUGUUGUGAGCGGAGUUCAAAGAUUUCUUACCCCUCCAACAUUUUGGACUUGCAACAGCAAAGCCAGAAAACCGGAGCCAAGCCGUCGAUUUGCAUGCCCGAUUCCGGGUCAGCUCUGAGGAUCAAAUGUUACCGGCCAGGCACGCGUGACUCCUCCGCCUUUGCCAUUGCCGUUCGCCCUCAGCUACCGCUCCGCCCAUUGGGUUAUGGUGUCGGAUGCCCAUCUACAAAAGAUAUCGGUAUACAUGAGAUCAAAGCCUGGAUAUUCUGUAUGUUGGAGACUUGA